AUGUUCCGCAAGUUCACCCCCGGCGAUAACGUCUCCGCGCUGCAGCAGAUCAAGUCCUCGGUGCAGCGCGGGAUCCGCACCUCCAUCGCGGAGCAGUUCCCGCAGCUGGAGGAGGAGGACGUCCUCGACGAGCUCAUCCCCAAGAAGUGCACGAUGAACAUCGCCAAGACGGACGCCAAGGUGAACGUCGUCCUCGUGGACGGCGUCCCGCUCUUCUUCCAGCUCCGCGACGGCCCGUUCUUCCCGACGCUGCGGCUGUUGCACAAGUAUCCGGACUGCAUGCCGAAGCUGCGCGUGGACGCGGGGGCGAUCCGGUUCGUCUUCGGCGGCGCGAACAUCAUGUGCCCGGGGCUGACGUCCCCGGGCGCGGAGAUCGUGGACGACGUCCCGGAGGAUACCCCGGUGGCGAUAUACGCGGAGGGGAAGACGCACGCGCUCGCGGUAGGGAUCACGAAGAUGUCCACGGCGGACAUCAAGUCGAUCAACAAGGGCGUCGGCGUGGACACGAUUCAUCACCUCAACGACGGGCUGUGG